UCGCUUCUAGUCCCAUACAUUUACUGUAAGUCAAUUCGUACACACCACAAAUAUAUAUUGCUUGGGCUGCCUGUAGUUUAACAGAUCCAUGGCGUCCAAGACGUUCACAGACGGGGAGCAGAACUACUUUCGUAUUUGUUACAUUGUCACGCGUGCUGUACCUGAAGAGCUGAGAAAAUUCUUUAAACAAGAAUGGGACAAGUUUUUCAAGGCUACGCAUGGAGAGUGGCGUGACACAGCCAAGAAUGGAAACGAUUUCGAUAACAUGGAGUCGCCGAGAAAUAAGAGUCGGAAUGCAAGGCUUCUGUCUGUAAUGGUGAAUGGUAACACCAGUGAAUGGGACUGUACUUGCCUCUUUUAUGCUAUUCUAUACUCAGAUUCUCUUGGAAAAUCUCUCAAACAUAGUCCUGCAUGGAGAAGCAUCGACGCAUUACGAGAAAUUCGUAAUGAAGUUUUUGCCCAUACCAUCGAUGAAAGCCUCGAAGAAGUGGAUUUCCAAGCUUCUGUUCAAAAAGUUUUAACGGCGUUUUCAACCUUGAAGCUGGAUGCUUCAGCAAUAGAACACAUGAAAAACCAAAAAGUGUUCUUAACAGACGAGGUGCUCAGUCUUCAGCAUCAACUUGAAACAGAAAAGAAACGUAUCGCUGAAUUGUUUUCGUUUUGUGUGUUGCCCCCCAAACCUUCCCAUGAUACCACUGAACGUCCAGAAGAAGUAUCYAGUAUAUACGAAGAGAUGACYAAGUUAAGAAACGCCAAGAACAAUGAGACAACUGUGACGUAUCUGUCUGGGAAUCCAGGCUGUGGAAAAACUGAGAUGGCAAGGCAAAUCGGGCAGAAACAUUUCAAGAAAGAGGGCGAUGAAGGAGCAGAUCUAAGGUUCGUAUUCACUCUCAAUGGAUUCAGCUUGGAUACGCUGCUUCAGUCAUACAUAGAAUUUGGUGGUCAACUCAAUUGCGACCAAGAAAGCAUAACAACCAUUAGUACAGCACAGGAUYUCAGUAAAGAGGARAAAGUCAAACAAAUAAGAGGUUUAGUCGUCUCCAGAAUUCAGACAUAUUCUUCCUGGCUCAUCAUUGUUGACAACGUCGUAGAUCUUAAGUCGGUUUUUCAAUACUUGCCUCAAGCUGGAGAAAGGACAGUUGGAAAAGGUCAGAUCUUAGUCACAACUCAGGACAGUCAAUCCAUUCCAAAAAGUGAUUCCUAUACGUACCAUACAUCUCUAAGCCAAGGAAUGAAACAAGAAGAAUCGAUGGCUUUACUUUGCCAAGUAUCUGGUUUAGAAAGCGAUGACAACUCGUUGGAGGUAGUCAGGGCUCUCGAUUUCCAGCCCCUUGCAUUAGCAUGUGCUGCAGUUUACAUGAAACAAAUAUGCAGUGUAGGAAAAGCAAUUACCUGGGGGAAAUAUCUUGAUAAGCUGCAAAACGAACAACUUGAGGCAACAGAAGCAGCUUAUGAGGAAACAAGUUUAGCUUACCGAUCGACAAUGACUACUGCUGUGAAGUUGGCCUUGGAAAGAGAAGUUGACAAGAACGAGGUAAUGUUACAUGCGUUUCAGUUUUUGUCUUACGUAGCUCUUGACCCGAUACCACUGAAAUAUGUCGUUGAAUAUGUUAAGAAGUGCAUGCCAAAGCAGGACGAUGAGCUACUGGCUGCAAAGAUAGCUUCUUCAUCGCUUGUCAUUUCUUCCGAUGGUGAGUCCAAAGAGGUUCGCUUGCAUCAAGUUGUGUAUGACUGCAUGAAAAAGGUUCUGAGUCAAAGAAAUCAAAGAAAUACAAGCAAAUGUAUUGUGUUUGAAGUGGUUUUGGCCUUUUCAGAUAUUCAUUCUUUUGAUAUGGACAAAAUAUCCGACAUCGCUGAAACACGAAAACGUGUUCCCCAUUUUGAGUCCAUCGCAGCUAAGUUGCAGCCCUUCAUUGAACAAGAAGAUCGACCUUCUUUUGUGAGGGAUUCUGGACUUUGCUCGAGGUWUGCUCUUGUUGAAAAGGGCUUGUCAAAAAUUGGCGAUAUCUGCUCAUUGCAUGGUUGCUUUCGAGCUUCCCUUACUUGUUAUAAGAUCAUCUUUAUGAUUCAACAAGAGAGAGUGAAUAAUAAGAAUGAYCCAUGUUUUGCAAUUACACAAACAGAUAUGGGCAACAGCUAUUUUCAUCUUGGACGGUAUAAUGAUUCGAGGAUAUGUUUGGAGAGAGCACUAAGCAUUCAUAGCAAUGUUUAUCCCCAUGAAAAUCAUCCUUCAGUAGCUAGAACCCUCGAUAUUCUCUCUCGUACCAUGCGUGAUUUGGGCCUGCAUGAACAAGCUAAGAGCUAUUCAGAAAAAGCUUUGGCUAUCAAGGAGAGUAUUUAUGGCUCAAAUCAUCAGGUUUUGAGUGGCACUCUUAAUAACCUUGGGAAUAUUUUUCGCCAGUUGACCCAAUAUGAAAAAUCAAAGUCAUAUUUGGAAAGAUCUUUGGCCAUCCAAGAGAGAGUUUUUGGAGAGGAUCAUCCAAAUGUGGCUUCUACUCUUAAUAACCUUGCUUCAACUUUAAAACGUCUUGGGCAACAUGAAAAAGCUAAGGAAUAUUUAGAGAGAGCCCUUGUGACAGAGUCAAAAGACACUAUUUUGGACAGUAAUUAUUUAGUCNAUGAAAAUCAUCCUUCAGUAGCUAGAACCCUCGAUAUUCUCUCUCGUACCAUGCUUCAUUUGGGCCUGCAUGAACAAGCUAAGAGCUAUUCAGAAAAAGCUUUGGCUAUCAAGGAGAGUAUUUAUGGCUCAAAUCAUCAGGUUUUGAGUGGCACUCUUAAUAACCUUGGGAAUAUUUUUCGCCAGUUGACCCAAUAUGAAAAAUCAAAGUCAUAUUUGGAAAGAUCUUUGGCCAUCCAAGAGAGAGCUUUUGGAGAGGAUCAUCCAAAUUUGGCUUCUACUUUUAAUAACCUUGCUUCAACUUUAAAACGUCUUGGGCAACAUGAAAAAACUAAGGAAUAUUUCGAGAGAGCCCUGUCUAUAAGUGAAAAUGUGUUUGGUGAUAAUCAUCCCUGGGUAGCAAGCAUACUGAAUAACCUGGGGCAAUGUUUCCUGAAUUUACCAAAAUACGAAAAGGCAAAACAUUACACAGAAAGGGCUGUAGCGAUAGAAGAAAAAACACUAGGACCAACGCAUCCAUCGUUAGCUGAUUUGCUAUGUAAUCUAGGAGGUAUCCUCAUGCACAUGGGACAGAACACUGAAGCGAAAACUUAUUUAGAGAGAGCUCUGUCGAUAGCAGAGAAUGUUCAUGGUGAUAAUCAUCCUAAUGUAGCAGCCAUACUGAAUAAGCUGGGACAAUGUUUCCUGAAUUUACGAAAAUACGAAGAAGCAAAAGAUUACGCUGAAAGGGCUGUAGCGAUAAGAGAAAAAACACUAGGACCAACGCACCCAUUGUUAGCUGAUUUGCUAUGUCGUCUAGGACAUAUCCUCAUCUGUAUGGGACAGUACAAUGAAGUCAUACCUUAUUUAGAGAGACUUCUGUCCAUAGCAGAGAAUGUUCAUGGUGAUAAUCAUCCCACGGUAGCAUGCACACUGCAUAAACUGGGACAAUGUUUCACGACAUUACGAAAAUACGAAGAAGCAAAACAUUACACUGAAAGGGUUGUAGCGAUAAGAGAAAAAACACUAGGACCGACGCACCCAUCGUUAGCUGAUUUGCUAUGUAAUCUAGGGUUUAUCCUCAUGGACAUGGGAAAGUACAAUGAAGCCAUAACUUAUUUAGAGAGAGCUCUGUCCAUAGCAGAGAAUGUUCAUGGUGAUCAUCAUCCCACGGUAGCAGCCAUACUGAAAAAGCUGGUGAUACGUUUCACGAAAUUACGAAAAUACGAAGAAGUAAAACAUUACGGUGAAAGGACUGUAGCGAUAAGAGAAAAAACACUAGGACCAACGCACCCAUCGUUAGCUGAUUUGCUAUGUAGUCUAGGAGAUAUUUUCAUGCACAUGGGACAGUACGAUGAAGCCAUACCUUAUUUAGAGAGAGCUCUGUCCAUAGCAGAGAAUGUUCAUGGUGAUAAUCAUCCCACGGUAGCAGCCAUACUGAAAAAGCUGGUGCUGUGUUUCAUGAAUUUACGAAAAUACGAAGAAGCAAAACAUUACACUGAAAGGACUGUAGCGAUAAGAGAAAAAACACUAGGACCAACGCACCCAUCGUUAGCUGAUUUCCUAUAUAUUAUAGGGUUUAUCCUCAUGGACAUGGGAAAGUACAAUGAAGCCAUAACUUAUUUAGAGAGAGCUCUGUCCAUAGCAGAGAAUGUCGAUGGUGAUAAUCAUCCUAAUGUAGCAGCCAUACUGAAUAAGCUGGUGAUAUGUUUCAAGAAUUUACGAAAAUACGAAGAGGCGAAACAUUACACGGAAAGGGCUGUAGCGAUAAUAGAAAAAACACUAGGACCGACGGAUUCAUCGUUAGCUGAUUCGCUACGUAAUCUAGGACUUAUCCUCAUGGACGUGGGACAGUACAAUGAAGCGAGAACUUAUUUAGAGAGAGCUCUGUCCAUAGCAGAGAAUGUUCAUGGUGAUAAUCAUCUCAAUGUAGCAGCCAUACUGAAUAAGCUGGGACAUUGUUUCCUGAAUUUACGAAAAUACGAAGAGGCAAAACAUUACACAGAAAGGGUUGUAGCGAUAAGAGAAAAAACUCUAGGACCGACGCAC